AUGAAUAUAACACUGGUGUUAACCAACAACAAACUUAUAUGUGUCAAUGAUCCUGUGUAUGGUAGUGGAACUCUUAAUUACGUGGCUGAAGCUCCCUGCGAACCAAACUAUGUGGGAACAAAGACAGCUGUUUGUGGGAGCGAUGGUCAGUGGGGAAAUAAACAAGACAACUGCGUCCUACAAAUUGUCCAGCAGCUGUUCCAGCAGUCUCAGGACUUGAAUAACAAUUCGUUUCCAAGAUUCUUGGAAAAACUCAGCUCUGCCACUGUCAACUUGACGGAGCAAGUUGUUGACUCUCCUGGAACCAUUAACGCCAUUGUUCAAAUACUCAACAAUGUAGCCAAUGUGUCAUUAUCACCAAAUAUCUCAAUAACUGAAACUUCAAUGAAGAACAUCCUGUUAACUGCAGGUGUCCUAACCACAAAUGGCUCAAAGGCAUCAUGGGGCUUUCUGAAUGGCAACGACACCAGCAACAUCACAGCAACACAAAGAAUAAGUGUCAGCUCAUUAUUUUUGCAGUCCCUUGAGAAUAUAACAAGUUAUCUUACCAAUGACUCUUUCAAUAUUGACACACCUUCAAUUCUCUUGAACAAAGCAACAUUUACAAACCCCUUUAUGGCUGACUUUGAUUCCUCUGUGGAGAUAGACAUACCGUCUGUUGGAAGAAGUAAGUUUAUCACUGUGGUAACAUUUGCCUCAAUGGAUAACGUGCUCCCUGCAAGAGACAAAGGAAAUUCAUCCAUCUACGUCAUCAAUGGGAGAGUCGUAAUUGUUCAGUCCAGUGGUACCGUCGAUAAUGUUUCGUUCACAUUUGAUAUUAUAAACAAUACUCUGGGGAACGCUCAGUGUGUUUUCUGGAACUUCAGCCUCUUCAGUGGUCUCGGGGGAUGGGACAAUGGGGGCUGCGUGUUGGUAUCCAACAACACCAACGUCACCUGCAACUGCAACCACCUGACCUCGUUCUCUAUCCUUAUGUCACCUUACAGCAAAGAUGACAUUGUGUUGGAUUACAUUACCUACAUUGGAGUUGGCAUAUCUAUGGCUUCCUUGGUCAUAUGCCUCAUUAUUGAAGCUAUCAUCUGGAGAAAAAUAAGAAGGAACACCACAUCUUACUUGCGUCAUGUUUCCAUUGUUAACAUCGCUGUGUCUCUCCUGAUUGCUGACAUCUGGUUCAUUAUUGGGGCCGCCAUCUCAGAUGCAAAGACAGUAAACCAAUCAGCAUGCACUGCGGCUACAUUUUUUAUCCAUUUUUUCUACCUAGCCCUGUUCUUCUGGAUGUUAGCCUCAGCUCUGCUGUUGUUCUACCGCACAGUCAGUGUCUUCGACGGGGGUUUUGUCUUCGACGGGGGUUUGUCUAAAACAUCUAUGUUGGCUAUUGGAUUCUCUCUAGGCUACGGGGGCCCUCUCAUCAUCGCUGUCAUAACAAUAGCUGUAACUGCACCCCAAAAAGCGUACAUCCAAGACGCUGGGGUCUGCUGGCUCAACUGGGAUAAAUCCAAAGCUCUACUGGCAUUUGUGAUCCCUGCACUGACAAUAGUGGUGAUAAACCUGUUAAUCCUGCUUGUUGUGAUUUACAAAAUGUUGAGAAGAAGGGUAGGAGACUCUUCACAAGCAGCUGAAAGACAUGUAAUGGUGAUUAUUGCAAGGAGUUUGGCUGUCCUCACACCAUUUUUUGGAUUAACUUGGGGUCUGGGAGCCGGAACCCUCGCCGACCCAAACAAUAGAGGAAUCAGUAUUUCAUUUGCAUUGUUCAAUUCGCUGCAGGGUUUCUUCAUAUUGGUGUUUGGAACGCUGUCGGACAAAAAGGUGCGGUCAGAAUUAAUAGGGUCAGAAACAUCCGGGAGUGGAACAAGGAGCACCAGCGCUGGAAACUCAUCAAGUGUAUUUACCUUUUUCCAGAAAUGGAGGAGGGGUGGUAUAACAACAAUUAAGAAAAGACCGAGACAAAAGCUCAAAUGCUAAACUUCUAAUUGCUAGUGUAAUGUUGGCCACAUACUUUGGUCUAGAUUU